AUGCGCUUGGUCAAGAAUAAGAUCGAGCUCAAUGGCUCUGGCACGGUGACCCUGUGCCCCGAGGAGCCGGAAGACAUGUGGCACGCAUACAACCUCAUCCGACCCGGCGACCUCCUCCGCGCCAGCGCCAUCCGCCGUGUCACAACAACCCAAGAGACGGGCUCGACAAGUUCCGCGCGCGUGCACCUAACGCUCGAGAUCCGUGUCAAGGGGCUGGACUUCGACCCGCAGAGCUCGCAGCUGCAUGUGAGCGGACAGAUCGUUAACGAGACGCAGCACACGAAGAUCGGCCAGCACCAUACGCUAGACCUCGAGCUGAAUCGCAACUUCACGCUAGAGAAGGAGGUCGGGGCCGACGGCGAGGGCGUCGGCUGGGAUAGUAUCGCUGUGCAGAUGCUCAAGGAGGCGGUGGAUGAGAGCGGUAAUCGGAGGGCUGAGGCCGUUGCGGUCGUUAUGCAGGAGGGCGUCGCGCAUAUUUGCUUCAUCGGGCAGUUUCAGACAGUGCUGAAACAGAAGGUCGAGAUGUCGGUGCCGAGGAAGAGGUAUGGAGGUGGGGAUCAUGACAAGGGAAUGUCGAAAUUCUUCCAAGUGACGCUAGACACGCUCCUCCGACAAAUGGAGUUCAACACCAGCGCCACGUCACUCACCAACAACGAGACCGUGCGGCCGGUUCUGCUCGCAUCGCCGGGAUUCGUAGCGUCCGGAUUCCAGAAAUACAUCCAAUCGAUCGCGGGGACGACCACACCGGCCCUGAAACGGCUCCUCCCCAGCAUAGUAGUCGUGCACUCGGCGUCGGGAUACUUGCACUCACUCUCGGAAGUGCUUCAGUCCCCCGCCGUGAAGACCAUCCUGGCAGAUACGAAAUACGCGCGGGAAACCAAGCUGAUGGACGACUUUCUGGACCAGCUGCGCAAGGAAACGAACAAGGCGACGUACGGGCCGCGCGAGGUAGAGUCGGCAGUCGAUCAGGGCGCCGUGGGCCGGGGCGGAGGCGUCUUGAUCAUUUCGAACCGGCUGUUUCGGUCUCAGGAUGUCGCCGAGCGGAAACGAUGGGUGUCGUUGGUGGAUCGAGUGCGGGAUGUCGAGGGGGGUGAGGUCCGGGUUCUCAGCUCGGAUCAUGAGAGCGGUAGGAGGUUGGAUGGACUCGGAGGGAUUGCGGCGCUGUGCACGUUCCCUGUCAUGGAUGAAGAUAUGGAGUCGGAUUGA